AACUUGUUUUUUGUACAACUAAAAAAAGUCCAUAUUCAGCAGUUGGAGGAUUUGAUUUGCUAAUCUUAGGAAAACGCCCUUCCCUUUUCAGAAGGGCACUGAUAAUCCUCGUCUUUCCGGCAAGACAAAACAGAGCUAGAUAUUUGCUGAGUUUAAAUUAUUAGAUCCGCUAAACGGUCAUGUGAUUGCAGGGGCCUCUGGCACCUAACUGUAGGCCUGGGAAGAGAGCCAAGACGCUAACGUUACACACAAUGGCUUCUGUUUUCUCUUCCAUUUGACAAGUUUACACCUCCCUUCUUAAUCCAUAUGGAAAGAGGCAAGGUUAGGUCAUUUGUAAUCGAUGUCAAUUAUUCAACCGAAAUAUACCAACAACACAUUGGUGAAAAUGCAAUAUUUAAUAUAAAGUUCCAUUAGGUUAUGUGUAAGAUCUAAAUUUCAAAUGUAAGUAAUGUUUCUGUACUUCUUACGAAAUAAAACGUAAUGUCAACAUAUCCUUGCCUUAAUUGUUGAAUACAAAAAAAGUAUCCUAGUAGGCUAUACUCUUUCAGGAUAUGUAGUCCUGUUAUUUCUUCAAAGCGUUUCAGUAUAAAAUUAUCUCAACCGAUGUGUAUUCUUCAACACACUACAACGCGUGGGAUUAUGGUGGGCCUCUAUUUUAAGGGCAGCCGAAAUGUUGCUGGUGCUAUUUUUGCACUUGUGCAGUAACGUUACUAGCGACGCAGCGGACAACACAUGCCACCCAGCUCAUUAGUGGACUUCCCGUCAACGGGGAAGAGCAGAGGAAGGGCCCGCUCAUGAGAUGUGUUACAAAUCACGCUGUUGGAGCGACGAUGAGUUCCCACGUGAAGCUGAGAAAGGAUAGGGUCGGUGUGGUGACCUACGACACACAAAUCAAAGAGGUCCGCAGCCAGCUAGUUGACCAGCUGAAGGUUCUAGACCUGCAACUGGAGCACAAGAGCCAGCAGAUGCAGGACCUGAGUGAAUACCUACGGCGGCGGGGGGAGAUAGAGGGCGACUACGCCCGCUCACUGGAAAGACUCGCCGAAAAGUUCACGUCCAAGAUCAAGAGGAAGGAGCCCAGUGGCCAGUCAGUGGCCCAGGUGUGGCGGUCCCUGCUGGCCCAGACUCGCCAGGAGGCCAGGGACCACAGUGGUCUGAGCGAGAGCUGCAGCAACCUGCUCAUCCAGCCACUGGCUAACUGCCUGGAGUACACCCAGCGCCUCUCCAGAAAGAGUAAAGAGGUGUGUGCGCAGCUACAGGACGGACUGUUGAAGGUCACCAUAGAGCUCCAAACAGCAUGGAGGACAUACUUGCAGUACUACUCAGACUUUAUGUUGGCGGAUGGGAAGCUGAGGGAUGCAGAGAAACAGGAGGAAAAACAGAAAACCAAGAAAAUGGAGAGGUUGAUAGAAAAAAGACAGGGCAAGGUCCAGGAGAUCCAGGUGAAGUGCAGCAAGGCACGAAACGAGUACCUUCUGAACCUGGCCGCCGCCAACGCCUCAAUGAACAAGUACUACCUUCAGGACAUUUCCACGCUCAUAGACUGCGCAGACACGGGUUACCAUCAAACGGUGGGCCGUGUGAUGCGGAGCUACCUGUCACGGUGGAACCACGCCCAGAAGAACCAGAGCACCGGGCUACAGCAAAUCCAGGGGACCGUUUCUGGACUGGUCCAGAACAUGGACCGAGACAACCUCCUGGAGACUCACAACAACACCUUCUGCCUCCCCCUCCGCUUCCAGUACCAACCCCACGACGGAGACCAGGUGUGUGAGGUGAGCACAGAGCACGAGCUGAGCACAGAGCUGGAGACCCGGUUCAAACAGAUACAGAACAGGCUGACAACCGUCUGCCAGGAGACGGAGGAGGCUGGGAAAGGCCUGAUGGUCGGCCACUCCUCGCUGCUGGAGAUAGUCUCUGACGACGACCUGGAGCCUAGUGGAGGAGGUGGUGGUGGUGGUGGUGGUGGUGGUGGCGGCGGAGGGGUUGGUGGUGGCACCGGUUGCCCUCAGGAAGAGGGCGCAGAGAACCAGGCAAGCAAGCCCAGUGCAGCCCGGCGGAGAGCCAACCAACAGGAGAUUGAGCAACUCUAUCUCACCAAAGUAAAGGAGUACCUGCUAGGGAGUUCAUUGGCAUCCAAACUUCAGGCUAAGCAUGAUUUGCUUAAAGUAGCAGUUGAAAAAGCUCAAGCAACAAAUGGUCAACAGCGCAGGCUUAAUCCAAAGUCUGUGCAUAUGAGGAGGAACCAGUCAAAGGCCAACUUGAGUCACAAACCUUUCAGUAGCGACAUCCUUCCAUUCAUACAAGCUUCAGGACAGGAAAUCCCGGAAGUUGUUGAGAGCUGCAUUCGCUUCAUCAACCUGAAGGGUCUCCACCAUGAAGGAAUUUUCAGAGUUCCUGGUUUACAAGCAGAGAUCAUCAGCCUGAGGGAUGCCUUUGAGAGAGGAGAGGACCCCCUGACAGACCAGCCGGUCGACAUGGACUCGGUGGCGGGGGUGUUAAAGCUCUACUUCAGAACCCUGAAGAACCCCCUGUUCCCUUUAGAGAGCACCUCACAGCUGCUAGAGGCCUUCCAAAUGGAGAGUGAGACAGAGGGAGUGGCUCAUCUGAAAUUGGUCAUCUCCGCCUACCCUGCUCCUCUCGUCGUAGUCAUGAGAUACCUCUUUGCAUUCCUUAACCACUUGUCCCAGUACAGUGACGAGAACAUGAUGCAGCCCUACAACCUGGCCGUGUGCUUCGGCCCCAGUCUGUUGAGGGGGGCGCCGGACGAGGACGUGGUUACGCUGCAGCCUCAGAUCAACGCGCUGGUGAAGAGCAUAAUCCUGCAGCACGAGAGUGUGUUCCCCAGCCAGGCCGAGGUACAGGGGCCCGUGUAUGAGAAAUGCAUGACACUGGAACAGGACGACUGUGAGCCAAUCCUAGAGGAUGGAGACGGGGAUGCAGAAUGUUUACAGGAUCCAGGAGACCCAGAAAAACCGACGCAGAAAAAAGGAGAGCGCUCUCGCUCCGUCAGCAGGAGCUCCUCGGAAAAGAGGCGGUCCCGUCACGAGCCAACAGGGGGCAGCUUCAGCAAGGGAGCAAAUUUCUUCAACUUGAAACUUCCAAUCGGCCCACAGGCCAGGCCCUCCCCCCAUUCCCCCGGCUACAUCAGACGGGGACAGAACAACUCGCCUUCUGAAGAAGUGACGGUCCUCGUUGACAAGGAGAUCUGGGCCCAGAUGGACACAGUCCAUCUGGAGCUUCUCAAUCGACAAGGGGUCCAGGAACCCCCCUCCUCUUCCUCCUCUUCCUCGAGCGUCCCCGCCGCCUCCUCUCCGUCUGCCCAGAGCCAGUCGAGGAAGAAGAAAGCAUGAGGACAGAGUGGAGCCUGAGGGGGCUUUUAAGAAGGGCAGAUCAACUAAACAUAGCAGAGAAAUGGAUAAAAAGAAAGGAAUCAAAGAGCGACAUGUGUGAGCAUCUGUUUAAGUUAUUGGAGAGAAUGUGUGUUGUUUGUUGUUGUGUCUUUUGUGUUUAAGAGACGUUGCUCACUGUCUAACAAUGACUUAUGUGGAUAUGUGUGGCAGGAAAGCUUUAGUUUAUGUUUAUACAGCGCACCCUUGUGGUUACCGCACAGAACAAGAUGGUAGAUUUUUCAAGCUAUUAUUCAUACAACAGACUGGAUUGAGCUAUUGAGCAUUUAUUUUUUUGUUUUUUUUUACUGUUCUACAUGAUAAAAUACUUGACAUGUGCUCAUUUCUUUCGGCUGUUUGUAUGGGAUAAUAAUGGUAUUUUAGGCCUUUCAAUACAAAUAGGCCUUGUGUUGAACUUUGAAGGCCAAACUAUUAAAAGUGCUCUUAAUCAUCAAAAAAUUCACUCUCGACCAUGAAGGGGUGUCACUCACUCUAAACAAACGGAACUAACACAUACACGCAUCAAUUCAACCUGCUGUCCAGAAAGAUGGGGUCACUUAUACAUUAGAUAAACUGUGAAAUUUUGAUUUUGUAUUUGUACUGAUCAGUAUACGAUUUUAUUUUCACAUGGUGAACUGAUGGAUAAUAAAACAUUAUGCCAAGAUAUGACUUGUGUCAUUUUAUAGCAUUAAAAAAAAAACAUUGAUUAGCUUAAAUACAUUUGAUGAGGGUCCAACAAUAUAAAAAUAUUGUAAAUGUACUAAUUAAA